ACUAGUCAAAAGUGACUUUCCAUUGGUUCACGCGGUCAUUCGCGUUCCGGCACGCGACCGGUGAACAUACAUUUAUAACGUAUAUAACUCAAAGGGUCUUUCAGUGUAAAGAAAGAGGAAGUGACAUUAACUGACCGAGAACUUCGAAGCACGUGGUAUUUAAGAAUAUAAUAUGUCUUCUAAAGCAGAAGAUAAUUUUUGCUCUGAGGCAAUGUCACGACUUUCUCUAAGCAAAUCCCAGUGUGAACGACCUCGUAGUAAGGGUGAAACACGUGGUCAAAAAUCGUCAGGCCUUACACAUGAAUGUGGUGUCUUUGGAUGCAUUGCAGCGGGAGAUUGGCCCUCCCCGAUAGAUGUUGGUCAAGUAAUUUGUUUGGGUUUGGUAGCGCUGCAGCACAGAGGCCAAGAAAGCGCAGGAAUCGUAACAAGCGAAGGUGUAUGUGCAAAGUCAUUUCAUGUUCUCAAAGGAAUGGGAAUGAUCAACAAUAUAUUUAACGACGAAAAUAUGAAGAAGCUUAGAGGGAAUCUCGGAAUUGGCCAUACGCGAUAUAGUACCAGUGCUGCAAGUGAGGAAGUGAAUUGUCAACCUUUUGUUGUUCACACGGCUCAUGGAGCUUUGGCAGUCGCGCAUAACGGUGAACUUGUCAACACAGAAUCUUUAAGAAAAAUGGUUUUAGGACGCGGUGUUGGACUCUCCACGCAUUCUGAUUCUGAGCUGAUUACACAGGCACUAUGUUUAAAUCCACCGGAGGGUGAGGUCAAUGGACCCGAUUGGCCGGCUCGUAUUAAACACCUUAUGCAAUUGGCACCAUUGUCAUAUUCAUUAGUUAUCAUGCAAAGAGAUAAAAUCUAUGGAGUUCGAGACCCUUAUGGAAACAGACCGCUUUGUCUCGGCAAAAUUGUUCCUAUAGUUAAUUUAGGAUGUGAUGAAUCUGACGAAGAUGACGAAGCUGAUGGCUGGGUUAUUUCUUCGGAAUCCUGUGGUUUCCUUAGCAUCGGUGCCAGAUAUGUCCGUGAAGUGUUUCCUGGUGAAAUUGUGGAAAUGACACGGGAAGGAUUCAAAACGAUUGACAUUGUUGAAAGGCCUGAUAAAAAGCCACAAGCUUUUUGUAUAUUUGAAUACGUCUACUUUGCGCGUAGCGACAGUAUUUUUGAAGGACAAAUGGUAUAUUCUGUUCGCAUGCAAUGCGGUCGAGUAUUAGCUUUGGAAUCUCCUGUUGAAGCCGACAUUGUUAGUUCUGUUCCCGAAUCGGGUACAGCCGCAGCACACGGUUAUGCAAGAGAGUCGCAAAUACCAUUUGCCGAAGUUCUCUGCAAAAAUAGAUACGUCGGUAGAACAUUCAUUCAACCGAGCACGCGAUUGAGGCAGCUGGGCGUCGCAAAAAAGUUUGGCGCGUUAUCUGAAAAUGUGAAGGGUAAAAAAUUAAUCUUGAUUGAUGACUCGAUUGUUCGAGGAAAUACAAUUGGACCAAUUAUAAAAUUACUGCGUGAUGCUGGUGCUAAAGAGGUUCACAUCAAAAUAGCAUCACCCCCUCUUAAAUAUCCGUGUUACAUGGGUAUUAAUAUUCCUACACGAGAGGAGCUCAUUGCUAACAGGCUGGACAGCAUUAAAUUAGCCAAACACGUUGGAGCCGAUAGUUUAACCUACCUUUCAGUGGAAGGACUCGUACAAGCUGUUAGAAAUGGAAUGGAUAAUAGAGAAAGCAGUUAUAUUGGACACUGUACUGCUUGCUUGACUGGCGAAUAUCCUGACGAAUUACCAGGCGAUUUGGAUUGGUGAAUUAAAAAAAGUUUUCAAGAUGAAAAAAUUAUGAGAUAAUAUGUAUAAGUACCUACAAUGCAGUGCGUUAUAUUUGUUUCAUGAUGCGUUCAAAUAGUGUAACGCGUGAGAGUUAUUAUAUGAAUACUCAGAUACGAAAAAUCUGAUCACUGUAAUCUCAGGCUACGGCGAUAAUCGCCACAUGCCAUUUAUCCUUACGAAUUUCGUAAAUUUUUUUGGGUUGAAAUGCAUUCGACUCAGUAUUUAAACUAGAUCUUAUUGCUCAAUGAAAUAUACAGGUUGAGCGCAUAAUGUGUCAGGAUUUUGUAGUUCCACAUGUUAUUUACGUAUUUUAUAUCAAUGUACAGAAGCACAUUACGUAAGAGCAACCACAGUAGGACCGUGACAUUAGUGAAAUAUUUAAAGGACUCUUUUGUGUUGUAGUCUGUAAGAAAGUGGAUCCUCAGGAAGGAGGGCUCUCGCAGGCCUCAUAUAUUCAUUCGCGUGUCUUAUUACGAUGAAUAAUAAUGAAAUAUUUUCUGUAUAAGUAUACAAGUUUUUUUAUAGUCUAUAUUUGGAUAAUUGAAAAGUGUAUAACACAUUAUGUCGUUAUUAAAUAAUAUUAAAUUUAUAGAUAUUUUUACAAAAUAAAAAACCUUCACAUCUGGA